AAAAAAAAAAAAAAGAAAGAAAGAAAGAAAGAACAAAUCUCCAGUUACCCCGAUAGAGAGCACGAAUGGACGAGGAUUUCGUGUUCAUAUUCGGGUACCUUUUCUGGACAGCGCUGGACGAACGCGGUUAUAAUAGAAGUCAAGCAAGACCGGAUAGACUCGUUAUAUAGCAUGUCUGUGGGUCUUAGCAAAUUGUAGAAAAAUACAUGAGCGACAAUAGCGACUAACAAUCCGUUCAGCUGCAUUUCACUGCGACCAAGCAAAGAGCUACACUCCCCUGAAUCCACAAGAAUCGACUGCAGUUACUAGCUAUUAAACCGGGAAGUGGUUGAAGUUUAAAUCUAUCUAUCUAUCUAUCUAUCUAUCUAUCUAUCUAUCUAUCUAUCUAUAUCUAUCUAUCUAUAUCCCUUACUCGAGUUUCUGUAACUCAAUGCGUUCUUCUCGUUAACACGUAUAGCCCUUAUUACCACACAUAAUUAGGGUUCACUGCUGCUAUUUCACUGUUAUAACCCUGAACUUGAUUCCAGCGAGGAAAUAAACGAAUCGAAUAACAGAAAGAAAGACGGGCUGCUGCAUUUUCUCCUGGGUGUGAGGCGCACAAGAUUUUGGAUGGGGCACGUACAUUGCGUCUCAAAGGUUCCGGACACUGACGCACACUCACCGGACUUACCGUACUUCAAACGGGGUGUGGAUCACAGCCAAGUCCCCGACUCAUCACCGCUGUCGCCGCCAGUGAAUCCCGCUUGUGACCCGCUGGAGCCCGGCCAGAUGAUUCUGCCUAACCUGUGCGUCAUCCCUGAGAAAUUGCUCACUACAGCCCGCUUUAAAGACCCUAGUUUCGGCUCACCACAGAGAGAAACCACGGAAGACCUUAUCAGGGUGGCCUCUGCCAUGACCCACCUCGAACUGUCUGGCUGGUACUGGGGUUCAAUCACAGCGGCGCAAGCCAAGGAGCUUCUAAAGGAGGCUGCAGACGGGACCUUCCUGCUGAGAGACAGCUCGAACCCAGGGUACCUGCUUACCCUCUCGGUGAAGACCAGCGUGGGACCGGCCCACCUCCGCAUCGAGUACUCCGGGGGGGUGUUCUGCUUCGACUCCAUGGUUCUGGCCCGGCCCAGGCUGCGGCAGUUCGAUGGGGUGGUGGACCUGUUACAGCACUACGCCCUCACCUGCCUGCGAGCCGCAAGUGCCCAGGAGGAGCGUGAAUCUGACCCAUCUUCCACAGCCACGGUGCCACCAAAAGAGACCUCCCUUCAGCUGAAACUCACCCGCCCCCUGUAUGUGGAGACCCCGAGCCUCCAGCACUUGUGCAGGGUGGCCAUUAACCAGAGCUCCCGAAACAACAUGGACCUGCCUCUGCCCCCCAGGCUGAAGGUCUAUCUUCAAGAAUACCCCUUUUACCUAUAGUGAUAUCUAACAUUGGCGCCGCCCUUGUGGACACUAGGUUUUUUUUAAAAACAAAAAGCAGGCUUUUAAUGGCUUCUGCUUACUGUUUAUCAGAAGGCAUUUUGGUUUCUCUAAAGGUAGUCAGUGACUGGUGCUGCCCAGUUUAUGCAACUGGCAAUGUACAACGCAUACUCGCUAUAACACGGGUCUCAGGGGGGACACAAUAUGAGCGCUGUAACCAAAGAGCAUUAUAAAUGAGGGGGGAGCGGGGGGCACGAGACACAUAACACACAUCUGACUAAAAUACAAAAUAAAAUAACCCCCUCUCUAUAAUGCACAUAUAGUGAAUUAAAAACUGAACUUUCCAUGAGUUAACCAUAACUUUCCAUUCAAACCGAGAGCCUUAUAGCGAGGGAGCACUGUAUUAUAUAUGUGGACUUGUUAAUUGCCACUAACUGGGUGUGAGUAGGCAGCUGGGUUACCUGCUGUAAGUAUGUAACUUUAAAUGCCCUGGUUUCUGAUGCAGUCGACCAUUACCAGCAUCAGCCCGUCGACAGGAGCGUUCCCACAAAUUGUGUAUGCUGUAUUGAACCUCUGAGAAGUGGGGGUUGCAUGUUGUCAGGAAAUAGCAUAUUUAAGUAUAGUACUUAGGAUACAUUCCCCUUUAGCUAAAGCAUUGCAACACCUUGCUACUCAAGAAACACUGAAAGGGGUCUUUGUGUUAAUAAUUCUUAGCAGUUAUUCAAGAUUUGUGUCAUAUUCCAAAUGCAUCCCACAAUCAUUCUUGUGACAUUCCUAAUCAGGGAAGCGAAGCAGGAUUUAAUGUCUAUUAAACUAAUGCAUUUACACAGUAAUGUAAAAAGGAAUAACAAAAACUGAAAAAGAAUGCAAAAAACAAUCUACAUUGAAUCCAAACAGUUAUUUUUAUUUUUUUAAAUCAUAUUGAGAAAUAACAGACGGCUCACAAAGCUGACAAAAAGAAUGCAUGAAGAAUCCUAAGAGAAUUCAUAGUCGCUGCUUCAGAAUGGUUUUAGACUUUGCCCUGGCCAGAGUACAGCAUGGAGCAGAAUUCAAGUAUAUGUAACGCAUUGAUCUUCUAGUAAAUAUUUUGCCUUGUGGACCAAAUUCCUUAAAGCUCCUGAUUUCCACACACUUCACAGUGGUCUCAUAACCAGAUUGAUGAGGAGAGCAUGUUCUAGACAUGCAAUCUAACUGGGCGGUCUGGUUUGUACUGGUCUGUACUGGUUUGUACUGGUCUGUGCUGGGCUUGUGGGAGUGGAAUCAUUACAUCUCGUUAGUGGAUCAAGAAGUGUUGUUAACACCACCAUUGUGAAAUGUUUUAUCUGUCAAAUAAAAAAUACGUU